AUGGCCCUCUUGAAGGACAAUGACCAUCUCGUCGUCAAAACCGACCUUGUUUUUCUUGAAAUCAAGAGCGGGCAUCUUGAUCAGUGCGCUAUCAUCCUGCUCCUGUUGUCGUGGCCGUACUUCGACACUCCCCCCAAUUCGGCCCUCGAGCUCCCAUACUCGGAUUUCGUCACCCCUGGCACUGACGCUCACUGCUUUGCCCCGGGUGGUGAUUUCAGCAUCGGAUAUACCAGAGAGUCCAACCGGGCCAUCGUUAACUUCAUCUUCUCCCCAAUUGUCUAA